AUGUGGCGUGCGCAUCACGGCGACAGUCUGAGCGCCAUCAACUCCACCAACACCACCACAAUCGCCAGCCCCGCCGUGCUCAUCCAAUACGACGCCAUCGAUCUUAAUCACUUUGACGAGUUUAGCGCCAACGAUUGCUACAUCGUACUACAUCUCAUCAACAAUGAGCGAGUCAAACAACUCAAACAAACAGAUACACAACAACAGCAACAGCAACAGCGCAACAGUAUGGUGGACGGUAUGGCUCAAAUACAGUUGGGCAUGCAUCAUGGGGUCGACGUGAGGAGUCGGAGCAGCAGUAUAUGUAGCACGACGAGCAACUGUACGAGCAUAGGCAGUGGCAGCACGAGCAACCUCGAGAACAUAUCAUUGAAUGCCAUGGUACAUUCGGCGCAGGCCGAGCUGACUCCCAGGGGUCUGCUCUAUCCCGCCGGUCUACACACAAGUUUCGAAUCCCUAGCUCAUGGCGACGCGUCGCAAGACCGAGGGGCCUCCUAUGAUAUAUACAUAUGGAAUGGAAAGAAUGCCACGCCAUUGACCAAGGCGCUAUCCUUUACCAAGGGAUUAGAACUGGCCAAGGCGAUGAAGUUGGGCGACGACUUUGCCCUUCAGCGACACGAACUUGAGGAUGACGAGACGGAAGACGCGCCACAACCUCAACAGCAACAACAACCUCAAGCGUAUUGGCGUGUACCUCGAACAUGCUCACUCUUUGUACAAAGACUAUUCUUGACGCCCUCGACAUCAUCUUCACAUCUGAUUGACUCGAGCACGCUCUCCUCAAGCCUGAUCGAGGAGAAGUUAGUAUCGAGCAUCUUUGCACCACUGUCGUCCUUCUUUAUCGACGACCUUAACAUGACUGGCACCACCACCGCCAUGGACCGCGCUACCAAGGCCGACGUGGACAGCAUGCAUCUCUACCGACAGAUAAUCUACAAGAACUUCCCCAACAAGCCACUCAUGCUGCAGCAUCAGCAGCAGCAGCAGCAACAGCCAUCAAUAACAAUGAUGUCGUUUGGCAAAUCGAUUCACUCUUUGUUGUUCAGCAACCUUGACAAGAUGGACAGCAGUAACAUUACAUCAUCAUCAUUAUCAACUACAUCAACAUCAACAUCAUCAACUUAUAACAAUCCCCGAUAUGAAGUACUUCGCAAACUAUCACAUUCAAUCACAGCACAGUCAUCUUCUCUGUCGCCUCGCGGUCGUUCAGUGUCAUCGCCCGCCAAGCCAUCAAUCCCAAAGCUUCAAAUGCACAAGAUCAAGAGCUUGACGAUGCCGAUCACGACGAGCCAAGUGCACCAGCUGGACAUGACAAAGGUGGCAUCCAACAACCUAUCUCCAGCGGCUGCCGCUGCAUCGAGCGCAACCUCGUCGACGUCAACCACGGCGAGCAGCAUCGCAGCCACUUCGAAGAAGCCCAGCAACAAGUUCGUGCCACUGCUCAACUUUAACAACAAACAGAACUCACUCUCAUCGAUACCAUGCCUCAACAUAUCGGCCAUGACGUUGCCAAUGAGCAAGCAGCCUGGUGGCGCACUACGCGUGCCAAACCUCACAAGCAAGCUGGCCACGACGGCAGCCGAGGGCAAUGUCUCUCCGCCACAGACGCCACACUUUCACACGUUCACACAGCGCGAGCUCAUCGACCACUUUGAGCCAGUGCUCAGCAAGAUCACCGACACCAUCUACCUGGGCAGCCGAAUCCCGGCGGCCAACAGCAAGCUGCUCAAAGAGACUGGCAUCACGCACGUGCUCAACUGCGCGGGCAUGGUGUGCACCAACCACUUCCCCGCCGACUUUGUCUACAAGACGCUGUUCAUCAGCGAUGGCAACGGCGAGGACAUCACCUGCCUCUUCUACGAGGUACUGGACUUUGUGGAGGACGCCAUCGAGCGUGGCGGCCGCGUCUACGUGCACUGCCACCAGGGAAUCUCGCGAAGCUCCGCCUUUGUCAUCCUGUGCCUGAUGCACAAGUACGACUGGGACUUCAAGGCGGCGCACGAGUUCACCAAGGAGCGACGCUACAUCUCCAACCCGAACCCGGGCUUCACCGGCCAGUUGAUGUACUGGAAGAAGUACCACCGCGAUCCCAUCAAGAACAAGAAGCUGUACCGCAUGGUGCAGAUGCUGGGCAACGUCACCGUGCCCAAGGCCGUACCAAACAUGUCUUACAUGUCGCUGGACGCGCGCUGCUGCUUCAUACUCAAGGUGGAGGACGCCAUCUACCUGUGGGUGGGCGAGCAGUGUUUGGGCACCCUGGGUGAGGCCUACGUCGAAGCGGCACGCAACGCCAUCCAACGCCUGCAAAAGUAUGAAGGCGGUUCAAACAACAUCCGCGAGCUGAAGCAGGGCCAGGAAGACAUGGAGUUCUGGCGCCAGCUGGGUGGCCAGGGCGCCACAUCGAUUGGAUUUGUCGGCGACUACGACAAGGAGAUCUCGCAGAUGAUGCAACAGCAGCUCAACAAUCUUCAGCAACAACAACAGCAACAGCAACAGCCCGCAGCCGGCACGGCCGGCGCGGCCAACUCGAGCAGCAGUGUAAAUAGUUUAACAGGCAGCACAUCAUGCCAGCGAUCCUACCUCUACCGACUCCUGGACGAUGGGUCGUGGGACGAGUACGGCGUGUUUGACUGCGAGGAUCUGGUCGACGACGGCCUCUUUGUGCUGCGGUCCAAGAAUGAGAACAGACUGUACGUGUGGAUUGGCAAGAGCUGUCUCCACGCUCAGCAGUAUGUUGCCAACAGUGGAGUUGGCGCCGAGUCCAGUCUGGAGGAGGUUGGCGUGCGCAUGGCCAAUCAUUUCCUGCAUGAUAAUGCGCUGGAGUCGACCUUUGCCGUCACUGUCAUCACCAGUUCCAGCCAAGAGACUGACGACUUCCUAGACAACUUCUAA